UUUUCAAACCGGCGGCGCGCGGGCGGCGGGGCCGGGCCGAGAACCGGCACACGAGACCACCCGGGCGGGGCACACACCGACACCGAGAGCAGGCCCGAGAGCGAGAGUGAGGGCGAGACCGAGACCGAGAGCGUGAGCAGGGCCGGCACCCUUCCCGGGCCAUGCAGGCCGCCAAGACUCCCGCCGCUCAGAAGCGGCCCCCGCGCAUCGCUCUGCAGGAGCUGCAGCUGCAGCCGAGCGCCGACCGGACCGGGCUGACCCCGCUGUUCCACCGGCUGCGGCUCAAGGACCAUGACUGUGCCACCCCAGUGUCCCGUGCCUGGGGCCCCUGCAGCAGAGUCACCAAGGUGCCUGGCACCCCUGGACCCCUGCGAAGUGCUACCCUACCCCCCUCCAGCAGCACCACCUCAAUGCCUUGCACCCCAGGGCCCCAGAACAGCACCACUUCGGAGCCCUCCAGGACUUCUACCCUGGGCCCCCACAGCUCGGAGCUCCCCAGGACUCCCACUCUUAAGCCUGGUGCCUCUGAGGCCCCCAGCAAUCCCGCCCUUAUGCCUGGUGCCUUGGAGCCCACCAGUAGCACCAGCCCAGAGGCCCCCGGCAGUCCUAUUCCAAAGGUCAGCACCCCAAAGCACCCUGACAACACUGUGCCAGCACCUCUGUGCAGCCUGGUCCAGAGGCUCAGCAAUACGGAGCCCUCCAGCAUCACUGUGCCAGCCUCCACAUGCAGCUCCAUCCCAGUCCCCAGCACCCUGGAGCCCUCUGGAAACACUGUGCCAGCUCCCCUGUGCAACUCCAUCCCUGUGCCCAGCACCCUGGAGUCCUCUGGAAAGGCUUUGCCAGCUCCCCUGUGCAACUCCAUCCCUGUGCCCAGCACCCUGGAGUCCUCUGGAAAGGCUGUGCCAGCUCCCCUGUGCAACAACAUUUCUGUGGCCAGCACACCAGAGUCCCCUGGAAAGGCUGUGCCAGCUCCCCCGUACAACUCCAUCCCUGUGCCCAGCACUCCUAAGUCUCCUGGCAGUGCCACGAAAGCUCCCCUGUGCAGCUCCAUCAUAGGACCCUGCACCCCAGGGCCUCCUGGCACCAGCUCCACCCCACAGAAUGUUUCUUUCCAUGGGUGGCAAGUGACACCCCCAGACUUUUCCUGCAGCCCUGUGGCCUCUGAGUCCCCAUCUGGAGAUAAGAGUGCUGGUCCUCUGCCUUGCCAAGGCACCCCUGAGGGAGCCGAGUCCCCCGCCCCUGCCCCUCGAGAGCAGAGCCCACCUGGACUUGCUUCCAUCGGGACAAGUGUGUUGGAGCCUGCUGGGUCAGAGGCAACCAUCGCCCCUGUCACCUCUCCUGAGUCGGCCCCAGGUGCUGUGUCCUGGGUGUUACCCCUGGAGUGGCUGGAGAAGACCCUCAAUGUCCCAUCCCUGCAGCACAGCCUGCCCUUCCACAUGCCACAGCAAGAUGCCAACUGCAGUGUCACCCCUGUGUCCACCACGGUCACUGGCACCAGCAAGACCCCAGUGGCUAGUGUGGAUGCUGGCACCAGCACGACCCCUGUGUCCACCGCGGUCACUGGCACCAGCAAGACCCCAGUGGCUAGCGUGGAUGCUGGCACCAGCACGACCCCUGUGUCCACCGCGGUCACUGGCACCAGCAAGACCCCAGUGGCUAGCGUGGAUGCUGGCACCAGCACGACCCCUGUGUCCACCGCGGUCACUGGCACCAGCAAGACCCCAGUGGCUAGCGUGGAUGCUGGCACCAGCACGACCCCUGUGGCCAGCGUGGUGACUGGCACCAGCACGACCCCUGUGGCCAGCAUUGUGGCUGGCACCAGCACGACCCCUGUGGCCAGCGUGGUGACUGGCACCAGCACGACCCCUGUGGCCAGCAUUGUGGCUGGCACCAGCACGACCCCUGUGGCCAGCGUGGUGACUGGCACCAGCACGACCCCUGUGGCCAGCAUUGUGGCUGGCACCAGCAUGACCCCUGUGGCCAGUGGGGUUGCCGGCACCUUCGUGGCCAUCCAGGACCUGUGGGAAAGGAGCAUAAACAGAUCUGGGGGAGGCCUGCUCUGUGCCAAGGACAGUGCUACAGAAACAGACUCCUUGCUCUGGCGCUGUCCCCCGGAGGAGCUGAAGACCCUGCCACGGGCAGAACUGGAGGGGCGGCUGGAGAGCACCCUCAUCAUCAUCGAAGCCCUGGCGCUCCAGCUGCGUAGCUUGCAGGGGAGCCAGCGGCUGCUGCCUGGUGUGGGGCCGGCUGAGCAGAGGGACGCGAUCACACAGACGGACAUCACCCGCCCUGAAGGGGAGGAGGAGAUUUACCACCACCUCUACCUCGAGCAGUGGAAGAAAACAGCGGCCCUGCAGCGGCAGCGGGGAGCAGAGCAGGAUCUGCAGCAGGAGCUGGAGCUGGCUGCCAAGAACGUGACCGCCUGGAGGAGCCAGUGCCUCCUGUUCCGGGGCCUCGUGGAUGCUGCCUUUCAGAGAUUGCAGGAUGAGAAGGGAGCCCUCACACAGGAGCGGGAGCAGGUGAGGGCUCUGGUGUCCCAGUGCAAGGCCGUGCUGGAAAGAGUGCCCAGCAAACUGAAGAGCUGCCUGGAGGAGCGGGAUGUCAUGAGGCAGCGAGCAGACGAAGCCCUACAAGCCAAGGAGGAGGGCUAUCGCUUCCUGGAGGCCUUCCGCGCCCACGCCAGCGCCCAGAUCAGUGCCCGUGACCAGAGCUUGGCCUCCCAGAGAGAGCUGUGCACCCUGCUGGCAGAGGCCAUCGACCUGCAGAAAUCCCUGUCUGCCGAGGCUCAGGCUUUCCGGAAAAUCAGAGAUGUCACCUUUGAAAAUCUGCAGAAGGAAAGGAAAGCCAUGAAUGUGGAGCGGGAGCAGGUGAGGGCCCUGAUGUCCCGGUGCAAGGCCGUGCUGGAAAGAGUGCCCAGCAAGCUGCGGAGCUGCCUGGAGGAGCGGGAUGCCAAGAGGCAGCGAGCAGACGAAGCUCUUCAAGCCAAGGAGGAGGUGUCCCACCAGCUGCUGGAGACCUCGAUGGCCCUGCAGAACGCGGAGGCUCAGCUGGAGCAGCUGACGGUGGCCAACUCACGCCUUGCAACAGACCUGAGCUCCGCGAUGACAAAUCAUGCCAGUGUGGAACAGGAGCGGGAUGCACUGCAGCAGGAUAACAAGAAGCAGCAAGAGAAGAUGGACGAGCUGGCACAGGAGAACAAGACCCUGAAGGGGAGGUGUGAUGAGCUGUGCCAGGAGCUGCUGGAGGCCACUGAGUGGCGGGAGUUCCUUGAUCAGGAGAACAACAUGUCCCGCAUGCAGCUGCUGGAGGUGGAGGCCAGGCUGAACUCCACACAGGCCACUCUGCAGGAGCGUACCCUGCAGCACGAGAAGCUGAUGGAUUCCCACCAACGCCUGCGGGAAGAGCAAGCUGCCCUGAGCAAGGAGGUAGAGAGCACCAAGGCCGAGCUCCUCAAUGUGCAGAUGAAGAGGAGAAAAGUUUCCUGGUGCUCCAAGGACAUUGCAGAGUGCCACAUGCGGCUGCAGGAGCUUGCUGACUGCCUCAAGGCCUCUCUAGAAGAGCAGGAUAACGAUGAUGCCCCAUCGAGAAGCAAAGCCUGGACUCCGGCAGGGCGGGCCACAGGCUGGCAGACACCCCGGCGUGCCUGGACCCCUGCCUUCCGCACGCCAGCACACCGCACCCCACACUGCACCGGCAGCUCCUUCGUGGGCAGCGUCCUGAAAGCCAUGUCAGGGAAAGAUGCCAAUGAAGCCACCAGAGGUGGGAGUGCUGUUACCAAGGACAAACUCACAUCCACACCAAAGCCAGAAGAUCCUGAGGAGAGUCUGCUGGAGAGCGUGAAAGAGCUGAAAGCUGUGGUCUCCAACCUUGCCAUGCUGAGCUUCCGCAUCCAAGAGCUGGAGCAGAGCGAGUUCAAGGCACUGCAGAUGGAGAUUUCCGACUUGCAACUCCGUCUGGAGACGGUGACAGAGGAGAACCAGGAAAAGAUGGAUGCCCAGGCUGCCACCAUUGCCAAGCUGAACAAGGCACUGAGGACCAAGAUCGAGAGUGAGAAGGAGCUGCAGGACGUGGUGAAACAGCAGGAAGAGAAGAUGUUGAAACUCAUCGACAAGAGUGGGGAAGUCACGAUGCUGAAGGAAGAGGUUUCCCAGCUGAAGCGCUUGCUCCAGCGUGCAGAGACAGAGGCCAAGGUGCUGUGGGAGGAGAUGCGGGAGAAGGAGCCCAAGGUGGACACUGCCCAUGUCCAGGACCGGGUCUGGCUACGGCAGGAGGUGGAUAAACUGCGGCUGCUGCUCCUGGAAAAACGAGAUGAGAAACGGCUGCUCUAUGACAAGUGCCUGGCACAGGAAGCGAUGCUCCGUGAUGUCCAGAAAGAGCACAUGAAAGAGCUGAGGACCCACGAGGAGAUGAAGGAGAAGAUGAAAGAGGUCCUGUCAGCCAUCCCUGAGGUGGUGGUGGUCUGCCAGGAGUUCCACAGCCUGCUGCGGUACCUGGGCCUGAAGCCAGACAGCAAGGAAGCUGCUGAGCCGCUGCCCCAAAACCCCUAGCCUGAAACCUUUCUGUUCCUAAUGUUAUAAUUGUUUAUUGAAUAAAGUUUUGU